UCGGCCUCUCAGAAGCGCUACCGCCGCCUGCAGAACUGGGUCUACAACGUGCUGGAGCGACCCCGCGGCUGGGCCUUCGUCUACCACGUCUUCAUAUUUUUGCUGGUGUUCACCUGCCUGGUGUUGUCCGUGCUGUCCACUAUCCAGGAGCACCAGGAACUUGCCAAUGAGUGUCUCCUCAUCUUGGAAUUUGUGAUGAUCGUGGUGUUUGGCCUGGAGUACAUCAUCCGUGUCUGGUCCGCCGGAUGCUGCUGCCGCUACCGAGGAUGGCAGGGCCGCUUCCGCUUUGCCAGAAAACCCUUCUGUGUCAUAGACUUCAUCGUGUUCGUGGCCUCGGUGGCCGUCAUCGCCGCGGGCACGCAGGGCAACAUCUUCGCCACGUCUGCGCUGCGCAGCAUGCGCUUCCUGCAGAUCCUGCGCAUGGUGCGCAUGGACCGCCGCGGCGGCACCUGGAAGCUGCUGGGCUCCGUGGUCAUGGCGCACAGCAAGGAGCUGAUCACCGCCUGGUACAUCGGGUUCCUGGUGCUCAUCUUCGCCUCCUUCCUGGUCUAUCUGGCUGAGAAGGACGCCAACUCCGACUUCUCCUCCUACGCUGACUCGCUUUGGUGGGGAACGAUUACCCUGACAACCAUCGGCUAUGGUGACAAGACGCCGCACACGUGGCUGGGCAGGGUCCUGGCUGCCGGCUUCGCCUUACUAGGCAUCUCCUUCUUUGCCUUGCCUGCCGGCAUCCUCGGCUCUGGCUUCGCCCUGAAGGUGCAGGAGCAGCAUCGGCAGAAGCACUUUGAGAAGCGGAGGAUGCCAGCAGCCAACCUCAUUCAGGCUGCAUGGCGCCUAUACUCCACCGACAGGAACCGGGCUUACCUGACGGCCACCUGGUACUACUAUGACAGUAUCCUCCCAUCCUUCAGAGAGCUGGCCCUCUUGUUUGAGCACGUGCAACGGGCCCGCAAUGGGGGCCUACGGCCCCUGGAGGUGCGGCGGGCGCCAGUACCCGACGGAGCGCCCUCCCGUUACCCGCCCGUUGCCACCUGCCACCGGCCGGGCAGCACCUCCUUCUGCCCUGGGGAAAGCCAGAUGUUUAGUAAUAAACGGAGUUUCUUUCGGAUCCACGCCAGCUGGAGACCGAGUAGCCGAAUGGGCAUCAAAGACCGCAUCCGCAUAGGCAGCUCCCAGCGGCGGACAGGCCCCUCCAAGCAGCACCUGGCACCGCCGUCAAUGGCCACCUCCCCAAGCAGCGAGCAGGUGGGUGAGGCCACCAGCCCCACCAAGGUCCAGAAGAGCUGGAGCUUCAAUGACCGCACCCGCUUCCGGGCCUCUCUGAGACUCAAACCCCGCUCUUCUGCUGAGGAGGGCCCCUCCGAGGAAGUGGCAGAGGAGAAGAGCUACCAGUGCGAGCUCACGGUGGAUGACGUCAUGCCUGCGGUGAAGACGGUCAUCCGCUCUGUCAGGAUCCUCAAGUUCCUGGUGGCCAAAAGGAAAUUCAAGGAGACGCUGCGACCGUACGACGUGAAGGACGUCAUAGAGCAGUACUCGGCAGGGCACCUGGACAUGCUGGGUCGGAUCAAGAGCCUGCAGACCCGGGUGGACCAGAUUGUGGGCAGGUGCCCCGGGGACCGAAAGGCCCGGGAGAAGGGCGACAAGGGGCCCUCGGACACGGAGGCGGCGGAUGAAAUUAGUAUGAUGGGCCGCGUGGUCAAGGUGGAGAAGCAGGUGAGUGCGCAGAGGCACAAGCUGGACCUGCUUUUGGGCUUCUACUCGAGGUGCCUGCGCUCGGGCACCUCUGCUAGCCUGGGCACCGUGCAAGCGCCGCUGCUAGACCCCGACAUCACCUCGGACUACCACAGCCCCGUGGACCACGAGGACAUCUCCGUCUCCGCCCAGACGCUCAGCAUCUCCCGCUCGAUCAGCACCAACAUGGACUGAGGGGCUUCUCAGCGUCGGGACGCACUCGGCCAGCCCCUCGGCCUGGCGCUCGGACCGGCCCCCGGAGGCCUGGGGACUCUGCUCUUACUUGAACUCGCCCCUCGCGGGGAGAGAGGCCAUGCGCGGUAUUGAGCUGCCUGGGUAGGCGAGAUGCGGGCUGCGGGCCCCACCUCAGGAGCGUGCGAUGCCA